AUGGCGAGACCACCUCACGUCCUUAUAACAGGCGGAAGCCGAGGUAUAGGCCUAGCUAUCGCACAGUUGUUUGCAAAGAACGCAUACCGUUGCACUUUGAUAUCCCGCUCAGAAGAGGAUCUUAAAGCCGCGGUAGCAACUCUAAAACCUAUACCAUCAAGCACACCAUCGUCAACAUCCAAUGAGCAACCACGCACGUUACCCGACACAGUCCAACAUUCAGUAGUAGCAGGCGAUGAAUUACUCAAGCCAAUUACACCGGAUCUAUCUGCAAGCCUGCAGCACGGAUACAUGGCAGGAGACAUAACCCACGCCACAUUGUUCUGGACAACCGCGCCCUCUGGACCCUUCGCAGCCCGCCUACCCAGGCCAGCCUCUACCAAAACUCCACCAGUGAGCUCACGUAUAGACGUAGUAGUCAAUUGCGCCGGUCGAACUCAAGCGAAGCUCUUCUCGGCGCAGAGCGAGGAAGAAAUCGAUGAAAUAAUCAAAGCCAAUCUCAAUGCAAUGAUGCAUGGCACAAGGUUCCUUUUACGACACGGAUACCUCAAACGCUCUGCUGAUGCGGAGAAAGCCCACGACCCCGUCGUCAUCAAUGUAAGCUCACUGCUAGGUCUCCACGGAGGAUACGGCGCUGUUGCGUAUGCAGCGGCGAAAGCAGGUGUUUUGGGGUUCACCCGCGCGCUGGCGACCGAAUAUGCCAGUCACAAGGUGCGCGUUAACGCGAUUGUACCUGGCUAUGUUGAGACGAAUAUGACAAAAGACCUAGACAAAGCCAACCUUGAGAAACGCAUCCCACUAGGCCGCUUUGGAUCACCGGAAGAAAUCGCACAUGCAGCACUUUUCCUCGCACAAAACAAGUAUGCACAUAAUUGCGUGGUGAAUUUGGAUGGUGGCUUAUCUGCCGUCUAA